AUGCGAUCGUACUCCACGAUUCACGUGGGCCGCUGCCCUAUUGGCCUGGUGGCAAUCAAGGUCUACGACCAGCCAGCUCAAAAGCAGCUGCGCAUGGCGACUCGGGAGGCCAUGGUGCUGCGGUACCUGCAGUCCAAGGGCGUGCCCAACAUCCCGCACCUCUGGAGCGCGUACAGCGUCCGCAGCCAGAUACACCUGGUGCAGGAGUGGUGCGCCGGCGGCGACCUGCGGGCCGCGCUCGCGGAGCGCCAGCACGGGUUCCCCGAGCGCGUCGUCGCCGCGCAGAUCGCCGCCCCGCUGCUGUGCACCGUGGACGCGAUGCACCGGGCCGGGGUGGCUCACCGUGACAUCAAGCUGGAGAACGUCUUCCUGGACGGCCGCGGUCGCCCCCGCCUGGGAGAUUUUGACCUGGCAGUGUUCUCCCACGACGCCCCGGCCCGCGCGCCCGUCGGCACGGUGCCAUACAUGGCCCCAGAAGUCCUGAUGCUCGCGGCCAAGCACGCCCCCACCGACCCCGGCUCUCCCAUCGCCCCCAGCACCCCCGGCGCCACGCCUUCGCCCCCGCGCGCUGCCGCGCUCAAGGGGCGCCUCGGCCCUGAGGUUGACAUUUGGAGCCUGGGGGUCUGCUUGUUCGAGCUGGUGGCGGGCUACAAGCCGUUCCAAGGCAGCAGCUACCAAGCAGUCGCCAGCGCCAUCCUCACGGGCGCCCGCGAGCCACUGCCGCGCGAAGUUAGCCGCGAUUUCGAGGACUUUGUGGCGCGCUGUCUGUCGCACGACCCGGCCGCGCGGCCGACCGCGCGAGAGCUGCUCGCGCACCCCUGGAUCGCCGCGGCAGUCGCGUCUGCGGGCGGUGGCUCCACCGGGGGAGCGCCUCGGUCCGACAGCGCAGGUUCGAUCGAGGAGCUGCAGCGGCAGAGCGGCGGCGCGCGCGCGCGUGGGCUGAAGGGCCCGGGCAGCGCAGCCGCGCCCGCGGUGCUUUGCGGCGGCGGCAGCAAGGCGCCGGCGGCGCCCUGCCUGCUGCUGCAGGCCCACGGCGGCGUGCGCUGCGGCCGCGGCGGCCAGGUGUGA